AUGCUCAUGACCGAAAAAGGUUCUCUCAGGAAAGUAGGAACCAACGAGGAUCUGGACCUCUGCACUACGACCGGAAACAGCAUUCUACCAUUGCACGAGUUACUCGUGAACUCGACCGUUCCUGCGGCCGCGGUUGCAGUAAAACUGAGCGAGGACUCCACGGACGAAGCCGGUAGGAGCAACGGGGAUAAAAGACGUGGUAUUCUUAGCAAUUUCCAGAGAACUGGCUUCUCGGUUAAAUUCCUGGUGUUAAUGGGCCCGGUUGCUUUCAGAUAUCGACAGACCAGGUUCAGCUCGCGAAGGAUACGCAAGAGGGUGGUUUUCAAGCACGGCGAUUGCAAUGUCGUACAAGGAAAUGUCGCCAAGCGACGACGCCGUUACCUUCAGGACAUCUUCACGACGCUAGUGGACGCCCAAUGGCGAUGGACCCUUCUAGUUUUCUCGAUGAACUUCCUCCUCUCGUGGCUGGGUUUCGCUCUGAUAUGGUGGCUGAUAGCGUACAGCCACGGGGAUCUCGAUCCAGACAACUAUUCCAAUCCGAAUUUGACGUUCACCCCGUGCAUCAUGGACAUUCGUGGUUUCACCAGCUCUUUCCUGUUCUCAAUCGAGACCCAACACACGAUCGGGUACGGAUCGAAACACCCAACAGACGAGUGCCCAGAGGCGGUGUUCGUGAUCUGCAUCCAAUCGAUGACGGGCGUGAUCCUGCAGGCGUUCAUGGUUGGCAUAGUGUUCGCGAAGCUGUCACGACCGAAGAAACGUACGCAGACAUUGCUUUUCUCGCGAAACGCUGUGAUCUGCCAGAGGGACGGCCAACCGUGUCUGAUGUUCCGUGUCGGUGACAUGAGGAAGAGUCACAUCAUCGAGGCUCACGUCAGGGCCCAGAUGAUCAAACGAAAAGUAACCAGGGAAGGGGAGCUUCUACCGUUCUUUCAGACGGAAUUGAAAGUGGGCGGUGACGGCGAAGAGGACAAGAUAUUCUUCAUUUGGCCGACAACGAUCGUUCACAAGAUCGACGAAAUGUCACCUCUUUAUCACAUAUCCGCGAGUGAUAUGCUGAAGGAACGGUUCGAGAUCGUGGUGAUGCUGGAAGGCGUCAUCGAAUCGACUGGUAUGACCACUCAAGCCAGAAGCUCCUAUCUACCCUCGGAAAUUUUAUGGGGACACAGGUUCGAGCAUAUAAUCACGUUCAAGAAGGAGACAGGUGAAUACGAGGUGAAUUACACGCUUUUCAACAAUACCUACGAGGUCGACACACCGCUCUGCUCCGCGGCUGAUCUGGACAAAAUCAGAUCGAUGCAACGCGCGAAGGGAGGGAUUUCAGAGCGUAUGAGCACCGGAGUGUUCCCUCAUUACCGGGACGCGUCCAGCAGUUCCUUGACCACCGGAUCCGGUUCGAGUCUGGCAUCGUCCACCGGUGGUUUGCACAUGAACGUCCCGAUGACGACACUUACUCCGAUCCCGGUUAUGAUCACCGGCCCUGACGGUUCUCUGAGACGCGAGAGCAUGCAAAGCAUGCAGACUGACGGGAAACAGCCGAUUUUUUACACGCAGAACGAGUUAUCGGACAGCGAGCCCCAUCCAAUUAGCCACACGCAAGAAGAGCAAAGGAACCAAGAAGAUUACAAUCGCGUGUUGGAGGACAUCAACGCGACGUUGAGGAAAAAUCGAGGACAGAGCAAGGAGGAGAAGCGAAUGCACAGGGAGUCGUCGAGGGGCACGUUGGAGUCGAAAAAGAACGAGGGUAGGUCGAACGUGGAGGUGAUGAGGAGAUCCAGCUCGAGAACGACGAUGGAUCAGGUCCCAGUCCUCAUCAAUCCUCCGCCAAGGUCACCCUCUCGACAGCAUUUAGAACCUAGACCCACCAAAUUCGCAGAGCAUUCGGAAGACCACCAUGAGUCUUCUCCUCAUCCACAUUCUCAUCCACAUCCUCAUCCUCAUCCACAUUCUCAUGCCCAUCCUCAUCCACCAUCGAGGAGAUCCAGUUUGGGCGACAAUCAGAAGCCUCAUCAUCCACCACCCAGGGAGCCACAUAAGAAGACGAGCUUCAUCCUAGGCGACGACGAUCACGUCAUCACGAUCUCGAAAUCCCCGUCCCGUCACGACCACGAUGAAAUGGACUCUGAUUCAUCGAAAACGAAUCAUCAUCCUCCGAGCAGAGGUCCCCAGGAGCAAGUAUAGGGUACCGAGGAAUGGUGGGAUUCCACGAACGGAAGGGCGGUGCGUGUGCCGGCG